UGCCACAGUCGCUCGUGUCCUUUAAAUGCAUGAAGAUAGUCAUGACCAGCAUGGAAUAUAGCUGGGACAUUCACGGACACUGUGUCUGGCUAAAUAAGACUAAUGGACACAUAUCUGGGAAUGGAGAUGUGUAUCAAGAAAGGCUGGCUCGUCUGGAAAAUGAUAAGGAAUCUCUUGUUCUGCAAGUAAGUGUGCUUACAGACCAGGUGGAGGCCCAAGGAGAAAAGAUUCGGGAUCUGGAGUUCUGUCUAGAGGAGCACAGGGAGAAGCUGAAUGCCACGGAAGAGAUGCUGCAGCAGGAGCUUUUAAGCAGAACAUCCCUUGAAACUCAGAAGCUGGAUCUUAUGGCAGAGAUUUCCACUCUGAAGUUAAAGCUUACAUCUGUAGAGAAGGAUAGAUUGGACUAUGAGGACAGAUUCAGAGACACAGAGGAUUUGAUCCAGGAAAUAAGUGAAUUGCGGUUGAGAGUGGGAGAAAUGGACAAUGAAAGACUUCAGUAUGAGAAAAAACUGAAAACAACCAAAGAUGAACUAGCAGCCUUGAAAGACAAACUAGAGCAGAAGGAAGCUGAAGUAAAAAGGCUGCAAGAAAAAUUGGUUUGCAAGCUGAAAGGAGAAGGAAUUGAAAUACUGGACAGAGAUAUAGAGGUACAGAAAAUGAAGAAGGCGGUAGAAUCCCUAAUGGCAGCAAAUGAAGAGAAGGAUCGAAAGAUAGAAGAGCUUCGGCAAUCUCUGAACAGAUAUAAGAAAGUUCAAGACAUGGUGAUAUUGGCUCAAGGUAAAAAAGGCAAGGAAAGUGAUGGUGAAGACUUCUUGAAUUCAGGAUCUGUUUCCACAGUUUUAUUGGACACACCAAGUCUGACUGACCCAGAGAAAAGCUCAUCCCCAACCCCAGUAACAGCAUCUCCAAUCCACGAUGAGUUUAACGUGAAUAUUCAUGAAGAGAAUUCCUUACAGAUCCACACCAGUAUUUUACAGAUUUCAAUCCCUUCUUUUUCAUCAACAUCCAAGAGCUCAGAAACUGUUGCAGAGAAAGUGAAAACACAGCCUAGGCCAGAUCCUGCAAGUGAAAUAAGUGAAGGAAGAUCAACAGGUUCCUCCCCAGAAACUCAGCUGUGUGAUAGUCCAGUAAGUUAUUCGCUGCAGAAGUCUAGCAGUCUGAGCAGUUUGAGAAAAGAGACGUCUGAAGCGGACAGAGACUCUGCACAGAAGCCAACAGAGGUUAAACCUUCUGUGGAAGGUAAUAAUUUCGCAACCCUCCCUCCAAAGUCUCCUUCUCAUGGUGGCACAGGCGACGACGAUAGUUUUGGUACCCGUAAAGCCAGAUCUUCAUUUGGACGAGGCUUUUUCAAGAUAAAAAAUAACAAGAGGACCGCGAGUGCCCCCAAUUUAGCUGAAACGGAGAAGGGAUCUGCAGAUAACUUGGAUCUGGCUGGCUUGCCCCCUCGCCCGAAAGAAACAGAUAGUCUACAGAUGACACCACCUUCUCCGGAUUCCAAGAAAAAGGCCAGGGGGAUCAAGAAGUUAUUUGGAAAACUUAAAAGAAGUCAGUCUACCACCUUCAACCCAGAUGACAUGUCUGAAACGGAGUUCAAAAGAGGAGGGACAAGAGCAACUGCGGGGCCACGACUGGGCUGGUCUCGAGACCUGGGGCAGUCCCACAGUGAGCUGGACAUGCCAUUCGCAAAGUGGACGAAGGAGCAGGUUUGCAACUGGCUCCAGGACCAAGGGCUAGGCUCUUACAUAAGUAAUGGCAAACACUGGAUACUGUCUGGGCAAACACUUCUGCAGGCUUCUCAGCAGGAUCUGGAAAAGGAGCUUGGGAUAAAGCACCCAUUGCAUCGGAAGAAGCUUCAACUUGCUCUGCAGGCACUCGGAUCUGAAGAGGAAAACAAUCAUGGAAAACUGGAUUACCACUGGGUUACCAGGUGGCUGGAUGACAUUGGCCUCCCCCAGUACAAGACCCAGUUUGAUGAAGGAAAGGUGGACGGCCGAAUGCUCCAUUACAUGAGCGUAGAUGACUUGCUGUCCUUGAAAGUUGUCAGCGUCCUCCACCACCUCAGCAUCAAAAGAGCCAUUCAGGUUUUGAGAAUAAAUAAUUUUGAGCCCAACUGUCUGCGCAGGAGGCCGUCUGAUGAGAAUAAUGUCACACCUUCUGAAGUCACCCAGUGGACCAAUCAUCGUGUGAUGGAGUGGUUACGGUCCGUUGAUCUGGCAGAGUAUGCACCUAACCUGCGGGGGAGCGGUGUGCAUGGGGGACUGAUGGUUUUGGAGCCUCGUUUCAAUGUAGAAACCAUGGCACAGUUGCUGAACAUCCCACCAAACAAGACGCUACUGAGACGGCACUUGGCAACUCAUUUCAACCUCCUCGUUGGGCAGGAGGCCCAGCAGCAGAAACGCGAAGCCAUGGAGUCCCCAGACUAUGUUCUCUUAACAGCAACUGCCAAAGUAAAGCCAAAGAAACUUGCCUUCAGCAAUUUUGGAAGCCUGAGGAAGAAGAAGCAAGAUGAUGUGGAAGAGUAUGUGUGUCCUAUGGAGCUGGGGCGGGCAUCUGGGAGUGGGUCGAAGAAGGGUUUUAAGCCUGGCCUGGAUAUCCGAGUAUAUGACGAUGAUGAUUUGGACAGGCUGGAGCAGAUGGAAGAUUCAGAAGGGACAGUGAGGCAAAUAGGAGUGUUUUCUGAAGGCAUCAACAACUUGACACACAUGUUGAAAGAAGAUGAAAUGUUUAAAGACUUUGCGACUCGCUCUCCUAGCACCAGUAUAACAGAUGAGGACUCCAACGUGUGACAGUAACCACCAGGCACUGACAAAGGCUCGCUUUCCUGUGUGCAAGAAACGUCAUCAUUAUACAUGAUGAGCAGCAGACCAUGUACGUUACAUUGCUCUUGCUUCUGUUUGUUAGAAGUAACAUUGAGGGGUGGAGAAUUUUAAAAAAAAGAGAAGGAGAAAAAAAAAGGUGCCUACUCUAAAAUUGCCAUAAGAAACACCCAGACACUGGUGAAUGGUAAUUGUUUUUACUAUAUUUAAUGUACAAACUGGUGAUAUGUUUCAGAGUGUUGCAUUUAAAUUUACGUGGUAUGAUAGUGCUCCUUUUGCUUAUUCACAGCCUCAGAUAAUCCUUUACACUGUUUCAAAAUAACAGAAGGUGUUAGGUAGAAGUAUUGUUUCUGUAGAUAUCGUGCAUCAACUUUCUGUAGGCUCUCAGCUAAAAAAAGACGUUACUGCUGUUUUUCGAGUGCAUUUGUUCAGCACAAAUACCAGUUCUGCCCUUUCUAUGGUAUCCAAUGUAGGAUUUUAGUCAUUCACGCCCUGCAUAAACUCCCUGGUAGCUCUUGACUGUUGCUUUUAUUUUUAUACUGUUUUAUAAAAAAAAAAAGAAAAAGAAAAAAGAAGUAUAUGAAGUAGAUAUAAAAGCAAAAAUUUAAAUUUUGUGAGGUAGAGUGAUGGAAAGUUCAAGGUAUGGGGGAAGGGGAGAGGGUUGUAAAACAAUUAUGCCAGUUUGCAUACCAGCUGGUUACUGGAAAAGGCAGGCUGACCUUUGGAACUGUUUGCUUUCAUUGCUUUUUACUAAGUGCACAGUUUAAUGAUCUUCCAUUUGGGAUGAAACAAUUAUAAAGCAUCUUUCUUCUAGCAGUGACUCCUAUGGAAACUGCACGUUUUAAAACAUCUUUCUUGUUCCCAGCAGCAGUAGUUACAACAUUCAAACAAGGUUAUUAACACUUCUGUGACUUAAAAAAUUUCCUAAAGUUGAGGGUACUCCCUGCAUAUGGAAGGGAUAUUUCUGUGCUGUGACUAACAUAAAGAUGGUGUAGUUGCAAAAUAAAAUUGAAGUUAUAUAGAGAAAUGUAUAGGAAAUAUAUUAUUUCAUAAUAUUAAAUGUAAGGUGGGACUUUUCCUCCAAAAUUGAAAUAUCAAACAUAUUGCUCAUCAUUUUACCUUCUUAAAGCAGAGCUCCUCUGCUUUUUGAAGAUCAUCACAUUUUAAAAAUCCUAACUAACCAGUGGAUAUCUUUUGUCAGACUUUCGGUAUGGCGAGGUGUCCUAGCCAAAGCAAACAAACAAAAAAAAAGUAACUCUGUUUUUUACAGUGGUCAUUCAUAUGAUGUUGAACGUUGCAUGUAUUUUAGCACAAUGGCAUGAAGCUUCUUUGCUUUGUAAAGGCAAAAAAAAGUACAGCUGGAAUUGUUCCUUGCGGUAGUGUGUUGCUUUACCAAGCGUUUGUCACUCGUUUCGUUGUUCUCCUUGCUGGAAGUGAGACCGUUUCCAACAUGUUACUGGUGUGCUGCGAGGGAUACUAGAUUUGCGCUGACUUUGUGGGUA